AAACCACAGAAGCAUCAGAGCAACAACAUAACAUCACAAUCACACAACACACUACAAACACGAAACAAAAUAUCAACCAAAUACUGAAUCUGACACAGAAUCACAGAAGAAUACACAACUAAAUUUAGACGUGGUAGUAAAGAAAACAAUACUGCAGUUAAAACAAAGAAACAAUAAUAAGAAAAAGAACCAAAAAGUAAAGAACAAGAAAAUGUUAUAGUAAUAGAAGAAGAAAUUGAAGAUAUGAAAGCAGCAUCUACACCAAUAACGGAAUACAUGCACAUAGAAGAAGUAACAGAGCCAACAGAAAUAGAAGACAUAAAGCUAAUAAAAACUAAAAAAUUGCGAGAAAUAAAUCAAAAUAAAGAUGUAAUUAUAAAUACUGUAACAGAAGAAGAGAGACAAAAGCCCAAAACGAGAGUUAUAGAAGGAUCAAUAACAGAAAUCAUCGAUAAUAUACUUCCAUUAUCAGAAUCCACAAUGACUAAGCCGUCUAAAAAGAAGGAAACUACAGAGCAGAUAAAAGAAACAGACAAAACAGUAGAGAAACAUAAAAAAAUUACAAAAAAGAAAAUUAUAAAACGAAAAGAGCAAAAACAACCAGUAGUAGAAGAAGUAACUGUAGAAGAAAAAGGACAAUUACCUGUGAUAACAAUAACCGAAGGUCCACUAGAAGAAAUAGUUGAAGAAACUAUACUUCUCUUACCAGAUUACAAAACUAUAAAACCGUCUGAAGAGGAGGAAGUGAGAGAACAAGUAACCGUAACAGAAGAAGUAGUAGAAGGGGAGAAACCUAAGAAAAUCACUAAGAAGAAAGUUAUAAAACGUAAAGGACAGAAGCAGCAAAUAACAGAAGAAGUAACUGUAGAAGAGAAAGGACAAUUACCUGUGACAACAAUUACCGAAGGUCCUCUAGAAGAAAUAGUGGAAGACACUGUCUUUCCCUUACCGGAUACAAAAAUAAAAUCGUCUGAAGAGGAGGAAGUGAGACGACAGAUAACUGUAACAGAAGAAGUAGUAGAAGGUGAGAGACCUAAGAAAAUCACUAAGAAGAAAAUUAUAAAACGUAAAGGACAGAAGCAGCAAAUAACAGAAGAAGUAACUGUAGAAGAGAAAGGACAAUUACCUGUGACAACAAUUACCGAAGGUCCUCUAGAAGAAAUAGUGGAAGAAACUGUCUUUCCUAUAUCAGAUUACAGAACUCUAAAACCGUCUGAAGAAGAGGAAGUGAGAGAACAAGUGAUAGUAACAGAAGAAGUAGUAGAAGGGGAGAAACCUAAAAAAAUGGAGGAGAUGAUGAGGGAGAUGAGGAGCAGAGUAAGGGUAGAAAGAGAAGUGGGGAAAGUGUUUGGACGGCAAAGGGGAUAA